AUGCAAUCAAAACUUAUGAAAUUCAUCGCAUUAAUUUUUGUUGGUCUUGUCUUAUUAACAAUGACAGCUUCUGUUCAAGGAGAACGUAUUCGUUGUGAGUGUUCUGGAAACGUCGAACACACUGGUCGUUGUUGUAGUGCAAGCAACGGUGUUAUGGAACAUGGUCGAUGUUUUUACGAACGCGAUAAUCUAUUUCUCGGAUGCUGUCAAAGAGAACACCGUCAAGGCGUUUGCACCUAA